AUGAUUCUUAUUCUUAAACUUACUCUGCUGGACCUCUUGCUCACACUGAUCUUCUUCAUCAUUGUGAUUUAUCAUCGAGCAUCUAUUAUACCAGCACGUCGCCGUUACAAGAUUCGAAUGGGCAUCCUCAAACAUCGCAAGAAGCGAAAGAUGAAAGAUCGUGCCCGUCGCCGUCUUCGAAAAUUGAACGUCUUGCGCAAACUACGCAAAAAGUCGGAAGCAGAGCGAGCAGCUGCAACUGGAGCUGCUGCACCUGGAGCCGCUGGAGGUGCUGUAGCUGGAGCCGUUGUAGCUGGAGCUGCUGGAGCUCCUGAAGGUGAAAAGAAAAAGUUGGCAAAGAAGUCGUCAUCAUCCAGUAGUGAGAUGGUCACUGCUUAUGGUGACGCAGCAAAGGGGGCGGAUCAACCAACACCAGCGGACGCCACAAAACCAACCGAUCUAUCGAAACCAACUGAUGCAUCGAAGCCAGCCGAUACGUGA